UUCGCCAAAAUGAUGUGAAAAUAUCUGACAUGUAAUGUUUUAAUAUACAGAAAAAGUAAAUAACAUUUUUAUAAAUGUUUUUUUUAGCUCAUUACUGAUAUCAAACACAAGACUGCAAUGUUGUGCAAUGGGGAAUUAGAGGGGCGGUCACUUUAUAAACUGAAGAAGACACCUGUUAAAUAUGUGAAGUACUUCUGGGCAGGAUCUGAAUGUCAGUUAUAUGAAGGAAAUGUCGCAUGCAGAUUAUUAGUGAUGUGUUUAUGUAGCUCUGUACAUGGCAGACGUGUUCGCUGUUAGAUGCAAAUCUGUCUGUCUCUGCUGCCUCUGCUAUGUUUAGCUGGGGAAAGCCUGUAUCCUGUGUACACAGUCAAGAAGAACUUGUUGAGUUUCUAUGCUGUGUGGGGUGUGAGCCCAUUGCGCAACGCCAGCUUAAUCUCUCUCGUGUCCUUUCUGAAGACACUGUGAGGGAUUUCAGGGUGAUGCCUGUCAAAUCACGACAGGAGUAAGGACUUUGAGCAUUCUUCUAUACCAGUCUUGCGUACCCCGGAGUGGGUGUCCACAGCGGAUCAGCAUGGGGAACGGUGGAGAAGAAGGAAAACCACACUGGCGACUGUCACGCAUUGGGAGCAGAGGCCAGAAGGACCCGCCCAGACCCCCGCCGCAAACUAUCAAGCUGCCCGUGGCUGUCCCCAUGCCUCCUGCGUCACCAAGGCAACCCGAGCCUGCGGCCAGACCUGCGGAGCCUGCGCCCAAACCCGAGACCCUCCCUCCCAAACCCACCGUCCCUCCCAAACCCCAGUUCGAGGUGUUCAGCAGCUCUGAGCAUGGAAGUGUCAUACUGCAGGGCCUGGAUCAUUUUCGGACCGAUCAGACCUUGUGUGAUGUCACUUUGUUGCCUGGUGACAGCGGUCAAGCUUUCCCGGUACACAGGGUGAUCAUGGCCUCAGCCAGUGACUACUUCAAGGCCAUGUUCACAGGGGGAAUGAAGGAACGAGACCUGCAGGAGAUUAAACUCCACGGUGUGAGCAGCACAGGCCUGAAGAACAUCAUCGAGUUCAUUUACACAUCUCGCUUGAGCCUGAGUCUCUCCACCCUGCAGGACACCCUAGAGGCUGCCAGCUUUCUCCAGGUCAUUCCUGUCCUCAACUUCUGCAACCAGCUGCUUAGCAGUGAGGUGACCAUAGAAAACUGUAUGGAGGUUGAGCGCAUUGCUAGCGAUCUGCUCCUCGAGGACGUCCAGGCCCACGUUCACGACUUCGUGUGCCAGAACUUCUCUUCCCUGGUGAAGAGCAGCCACUUCCUGGAGCUGUCGGAGGCCAGCAUGUUGGCAGCCCUGGCCAGCGAUUCGCUGAAGGGCUUCUCCGAGAUGGAGCUGUACCGCGUGGCACGGGCAUGGCUGGCGCACAUGCCCGGCGAGCGCCAAAGCGCCACCUACUCUCUGAUGCGCCGCGUCCGUUUCCCACUGAUGAGUCCCACCGAGCUGCUGCAGAUCUCCCAGGAGGACCAGGCCGACGAGGCCGAGGGCGGCGGGGCGAACGGAGGGGCUCAGGCAUUCAUGCGCUCCAACACGGCCUGCGUCAAUCUCCUCCUGGAGGCCAGCAACUACCAGAUGCUGCCGUACCUACAGCCGGCGCUGCAGACGGAGCGGACGCGCAUCCGCUCAGACACCACGUACCUGCUGGCCCUGGGCGGCGUCAUGAGGCAGCAGCUGGUGGUGAGCCGUGAGCUCCGGCUGUACGACAAGGAGGGAGGGGGUACUUGGCGGGCCCUGCAGCCCAUGGAGGUGCCACGCUACCAGCAUGGCGUGGCCCUGCUCGGGGGCUUCCUCUACAUCGUGGGCGGGCAGAGCACCUACGACACCAAGGGUAAAACAGCGGUGGACAGCGCCUACCGCUACGACCCGCGCUUUGACCGCUGGCUGCAGGUGGCAUCCUUGAACCAGAAGAGGACAUUCUUCCAUCUGAGCGCUCUGCAGGGGAAACUGUACGCCGUGGGAGGACGGAACACCACCGGAGAGAUCGACACAGUGGAAUGUUACGACCUGACCAAGAACGAGUGGACCUUUGUCUCACCCAUGAGUGAGCCUCACUAUGGCCAUGCAGGCACUGUGCACGGAGAUCUCAUGUAUGUCUCAGGCGGGAUAACACGAGACGCGUUCCAGAAGGAGCUGUCCUGCUACGACCCAGCCUCGGACACGUGGAGCCGGCGAGCAGACAUGACCGAGCUGAGGGGGCUGCACUGCAUGUGCACAGUGGCCGAGCGUCUCUAUGUCAUGGGCGGGAACCACUUUCGUGGGACCAACGACUACGACGACGUGCUCAGCUGUGAGUUCUACAGCCCUGCGACAGACCAGUGGACCGUAGUGGCACCCAUGUCCCGUGGGCAGAGUGACGUGGGUGUGGCUGUGUACAAGGGGCAGAUCUACGUGGUGGGCGGGUACUCGUGGAACAGCCGCUGUAUGGUGGACAUAGUGCAGUGUUAUGACCCUGACAAGGAUGAAUGGGAGCGGGUGUUUAACGUACUGGAGCCACUGGGAGGCAUUCGAGCCUGCACCAUGACUGUCCACCGUCCGGAGGGCUCGGUGGUCGAAGCCCAGAUACAGGAGUGUCCCCUCCCAACAGCUAAGAGCUGACACAUUUACGUUAUUCAGCUGACACUUUUAUCCAAAACGAAAACAACUUGAGCAAUUGAGGGUUAAGGGGCCCAACAGUGGUAAGAUGGCCUAGAGCACACCAUAAGUAGGCCUAGAGCACAUAAACAUAAACUUAGCUAGAAUCAAGAACAGUUCUUAUUUUUGUUUUGUAUGUAGUAUUCUUUAAAGAUUAUUUAAAGAAGAUAUGAA